AUGGCGUCCACAAAAACAUUCUCAUUUUGUUCCUGCAAAUUUGUUGCUCAAAAUCUCAAUGUAAUAGCAGUCCUUUUAGUAGCUUUUACUUUGACUUUCUCUUUCUUGAACUCACAAUUAAAUUCUUUCUACAUUUUCACUCCGGAGCAUCUCCAAGAUCUAUCUAGCCGCGCUGUUAAAAAUCACGGAAAUGAUACUCGAGCAAUGGUCGAUUUUAUAACUCGUGAACUUAGUGAAAAGCUACCAGGAGGCUACAUAAAUCUGAAAGAAGAGUGGAUACUUAAUAAUGCAGGUGGUGCGAUGGGAGCUAUGUACAUUAUUCACGCAAGUAUAACUGAGUACUUAAUCAUUUUUGGCACUGCCACUGGCACAGAAGGACACACAGGUCGUCACACAGCAGAUGAUUACUUUCAUAUCCUCACAGGCACUCAACUAGCCUUUACACCAGGCAGUUUCGAGCCAGAGGUUUAUCCACCAGGGAGUGUCCACCACCUCAAACGAGGGACAGUUAAACAAUACAAGAUGGAAAACAAGUGCUUUGCUCUCGAGUAUGCUCGCGGAUGGAUACCACCCAUGCUAUUUUUUGGAUUAGCCGAUGGAUUCUCAAGCACUCUAGACUUUCCAACGCUAUGGAGAACUGCUUGGGUUACAGGAAGAGAAAUGGUUCUAAAUCUAGCAAGAUUUAAAUUCUAA